AUGUCAGAAACAUAAUUUUAAGUUGAUGGUGAAGAGGAUGCUACCGUCUAUAUGGAAGAAGUCCUUGAAAAGUUAAAGCUUUUAAAUUACGAAAGAGAUUUUGCCACUCAAAAUGGUCUUAAACUUUUGAAUAGAGCUUACUUUGCUGUCUCAUUAAAUCCUAAUGAACAAUUUAACUAUUUCACAAGACUCGCAUAAUGGCUUUUCAAGUUAAAUAAUUCUAAUGUUGAAUUCAACCAAUUUGGUGAUCCUAUUUCUAUUGCUAAUAACAUUUAAUUUGAAUUGAAAAAAAUUGGAUUAGAUAAUGACUUCUAGCCUAUAAAAUUAAGAUCGGGUUCUGGAGAAAUAGUAUGUAAAAUCCUAUUAGAUUUAGCAAAUAGAGCUCUUAAGACUAAGAAUUUUGCUUUUAAGAAGCCUAAAAUGGAACAACCUUCAUAAAAUGCUGAUGAAGAAACUAGAAUAGAAGGAAAUGAUGAAGAUGCAGAUAUGGCUGAGAAUAUUUCUAUUGCAAGUUAAAGUGAUGGAGAAUAUGACGAUAUGGGAGAACCAAGUCAAUAAAAGAAGGAUGUUGAUGAAGAUAAAGAAAUUAUCUAAUCAAAAAUCAAUGAAAAAGAUUGGAUUAUUGAAGUAGAAAGAGUCACUCCAAAACUUAAAAUUUAAGUAAAAAAUGAAGCUAAAGAAUGGAGAUCCCAUAUUGAAUAAACCAAAGAAUAUAACAGUAAUGUUAAAAAAACAUUACCUGAAGCACGUUAAAGAUUAGAAAAAUUGGUUGAUAAUCUUUCUAAAGUUUUAGAUUAAAUUUAAAAGAGAGAAAAAUCAAUUAACUCUAACCUAACUGAUCUUGGUGGAGAAUAUAGAGCAAAGUCUGAAAAUUACAAAAAUAUGGUUACCCAAUAUAACAAUCUCUAGGCUUCUGUUAAGGAAUAAGGUGAAUAAUAUAGAUAAUUAAAAGAAAAAUAUGAUAGCAUCAAGUCUAUCGUAGAAGCAAAAGGAGAAGAACAAACUAAUUCAUCUCCUGUUAUUAAAAUUAAGGAUGCCAUAAAAAAAAUAAGAGAAGAAAUCGGCCAAAUGGAUGUUAGAAUUGGAAUUCUUAGUCAAACCGUUUUGCAACAUAAGCUUAGAUAAAAGUAAUCAGGUGUAGCUGAAGAAGAUGAAGAACAUCUUGAUGAGUUAGAAGGAGAGAAUGUCGAAGAAGAUGAUGUUGUGGAUUUCUGA